AUGCUGGUGACCUAUUUGGAAGCCAGCCGGGACCUUUGCGAGACGGACUCAAUUCUCUUUGGCGCCGCAAUGGCAGUUUGCCGUAUUAUUGGCGCCAAACUUCCCAUGGCUGGACGCGCUACUACACAAAGUAGCGCCAUCCCAGCCUGGAGAAAAAGAAUCGAGGUCCGUAUCGCAAAGGCAAGGGCCCUUAUCGGCAGACUAACAAGCUUCAGGUCGGGUAAUAAUAGACCGAGGAUUGUGCGCACCGUUAGGAUGGCGUUUGCUGGGACAAAUAUCAGUUUGUCCCAGCCGGAUAUCACGCAGAAACUAACGGAGCUCAUAGACGACCUGAAGCAAAAGAUCGCUGCUUGGGGGUAG